AUGGAUACUUCGUCGCAGGGCAUGCUGGCUUACGCCGCACCGUCUUUCUUUCAACCCCAUCGAGCACGUGAUGCUGUUCGGGAUGCCUACAAAGGGAGAAUCCCACCACUUCUCGGUUACUAUGCUGGGUUGAGCUCCAUUCCAAUUACACGUGCGGUUGCACCGAUGAAUUUUGAUUGUGUUUGGAUCGACUGGGAGCAUACUGCUUGCAAUGUCGAAACCAUGACAACAAUGGUCCAUGAAACUAUCUUCAUGAGUCAAGGCCGCACUAUCCCCUGGGUGCGAGUGCCGGGACAUGACCAUGCCAAUAUUGGCUAUGCCUUGGAUGCCGGAGCAAGCAUCAUUGUUCCACAGGUUGAGACUGUCGAGCAGGCGAAACAUGUCAUGGCCAGUACCAAAUUUGGCACAAGGUCAAAUGGCAAUCGAUCUGUACCACCCUUCCGAUUAAUGCCUCAGUUGGCAGAUAUGUCUUUGACACCUGGACGUGAUUUGCAUCAGGGCCUGAACGAUCAGGCUGCAGUGAUGAUACAGAUUGAAUCUCUUGAAGGGAUCAAUAACCUUGAUGCCAUAUUGACCGAAGUUCCCGAAAUCGACAUCGUUUGGCUUGGAUCAGUCGAUGCGCGAGUCAGCAUGAACUUUCCCGCCAAUCUUGGAGUGGGCGAUGAGCCGGAAUGGAUCCAGGCGCGGGAGAAAUUCUUCGAGAUAGCGAAGAAACACGACAAACCUGUCGGGGGACAUUGUUUUGAAGUAUUGCGGGGUACUAUCCAGCCGCUUCAGAAACUCGCCGAGAGACUGUCAUUCAUUAUAAUGACGGUAGAUGUUUUCCAUCUGAUGAAGAUGGAGGAUGAUUUGAAGGAGGCUCGCGAUUUAUUCCGUCGCCCAGCAACUAGAACAGAGACUUCUGAUAGUUAG